UCCCGGAAGCGGCGGCCGCGGCGUGGAGCCCAGCGGGCUGUCGGUCGCUGGAGCGACAAUGCGCGGCAGCCGGGGACUGUGAGCUAAGCGCGGCGGCGCGGCCGGGCGCCCCUGAAUGGCGGCUCGCUGAGGCGGUGGCGCGGCGCGGGCUCCUCCCGGCGUGGGGUGGCGGGGCCGGGGUGAUGCUGCUUAAGCUCCUGCAGAGACAGACCUAUACCUGCCUAUCCCACAGGUAUGGGCUCUACGUCUGCUUCGUGGGCGUCGUUGUCACCAUCGUCUCGGCUUUCCAGUUCGGAGAGGUGGUUCUGGAAUGGAGCCGUGAUCAAUACCAUGUUUUAUUUGAUUCCUACAGAGACAACAUUGCUGGGAAAUCCUUUCAGAAUCGGCUCUGUCUGCCCAUGCCAAUCGAUGUGGUUUACACCUGGGUGAAUGGCACGGACCUCGAACUGCUAAAGGAACUACAGCAGGUCCGGGAGCACAUGGAGGAGGAGCAGAAAGCCAUGCGGGAAAUCCUCGGGAAGAACACAACCGAACCAACGAAGAAGAGUGAGAAGCAGCUGGAGUGUCUGCUGACGCACUGCAUUAAGGUGCCCAUGCUUGUUCUGGACCCUCCGCUGCCAGCCAACUGCACCCUGAAGGACCUGCCAGCUCUUUAUCCAUCAUUUCACGCUGCCAGCGACAUGUUCAACGUCGCAAAACCCAAAAAUCCAUCUACUAAUGUCUCGGUUGUCGUUUUUGACACUACGAAGGAUGUUGAAGACGCCCAUGCUGGACUGUUUAAAGGAAGCAGCAAGCAGACAGUGUGGAGAGCCUACUUGACAACAGACAAAGAAGUCCCAGGCUUAGUGCUGAUGCAAGACCUGGCGUUCCUGAGUGGAUUCCCACCAACAUUCAAGGAGACGAGUCAGCUGAAGACAAAACUGCCAGAAAAUCUUUCUUCUAAAAUAAAACUGUUGCAGCUGUACUCGGAGGCCAGCGUCGCUCUUCUGAAACUGAAUAACCCCAAAGGUUUCCCCGAGCUGAACAAGCAGACCAAGAAGAACAUGACCAUCAGCGGGAAGGAACUGACCAUCAGCCCUGCCUAUCUGCUGUGGGACCUGAGCGCCAUCAGCCAGUCCAAGCAGGAUGAAGAUGUGUCUGCCAGCCGCUUCGAGGAUAACGAAGAGCUGAGGUACUCACUGAGAUCUAUCGAGAGACAUGCGCCAUGGGUACGGAAUAUUUUCAUUGUCACCAACGGGCAGAUUCCAUCGUGGCUGAACCUUGACAACCCUCGAGUGACCAUCGUGACCCACCAGGACAUUUUCCAAAACCUGAGCCACUUGCCUACCUUCAGCUCCCCUGCCAUUGAAAGCCACAUCCACCGCAUCGAGGGGCUGUCCCAGAAGUUCAUUUAUCUAAAUGACGAUGUCAUGUUUGGUAAGGACGUUUGGCCCGAUGACUUUUACAGCCACUCCAAAGGUCAAAAGGUUUAUCUGACAUGGCCGGUGCCGAAUUGUGCAGAGGGCUGCCCAGGCUCCUGGAUCAAAGACGGCUACUGUGAUAAGGCCUGUAAUAACUCAGCCUGUGACUGGGACGGCGGAGACUGCUCUGGUAAUAGUGCAGGGAGUCGCUAUGUCGCCGGAGGUGGGGGUACCGGCAAUAUUGGAGUCGGGCAGCGCUGGCAGUUUGGUGGAGGAAUAAACACUGUCUCUUACUGUAACCAAGGAUGUGCAAACUCCUGGCUGGCCGAUAAGUUCUGUGACCAGGCCUGCAACGUCCUGUCCUGCGGGUUUGAUGCUGGCGACUGUGGACAAGAUCAUUUUCAUGAAUUGUAUAAAGUAACACUUCUCCCAAACCAGACUCACUAUGUUGUCCCCAAAGGUGAAUACCUGUCUUAUUUCAGCUUUGCAAACAUAGCCAAAAGAGGAGUUGAGGGGACCUACAGUGACAACCCCAUCAUCCGUCACGCGUCUAUUGCAAACAAGUGGAAAACCAUACACCUCAUAAUGCACAGUGGGAUGAACGCAACCACGAUCUAUUUUAACCUCACCCUUCAAAACUCACACGAUGAAGAGUUCAAAAUCCAGAUAGCAGUAGAGGUGGACACGAGGGAGGUGCCUAAACCGAACUCCACAACCCAGAAGACCUAUGACAAUUUGGUUAGCCCAGUGACACCUCUUCCUCAGGCCGACGUCCCUUUCGAAGAUGUUCCCAAAGAGAAACGCUUCCCCAGGGUCAGGAGACCUGAUGUAAACACAACAGGGAAAGUCCAGGAGGAGGUGAAAAUCCCCCGGGUGAAUAUUUCCCUCCUUCCCAAGGAGGCCCAGGUGAGGCUGAGCAACCUGGAUUCGCAACUGGAAGGUGGAGACAUCACUCUGAAAGGAUACAACUUGUCCAAGUCAGCCCUGCUGAGGUCUUUCCUGAGGAAUUCACGAGAUGCUAAAGGAAAACCCCAAGCUGGGACCGAUGAGACAAAAGACAACCUGGAGGUCCCACAGGAGGACCCCUCCCACCAACGUCCACGUGGCUUUGCUGCCGCACGCAGAUCAGAGAGGUGGACGACCCCAGCGACUGUGAAUGGCCGUGACCACGGCUUGAAUCCACCCCCGACCCAACCUGUGCCCAAAGAGAACCUCUCACCACUGCUCAUUCCCCCAGAAGGCCACGUGCCAAAGGAAGGGGACAGACACAGAGCGGAGGGCAAUGCCGAUAGCCACGUAGCUGUGAAUGAGCUGGUGCCUGGCAGGAGGCUGCAGCAGCUCACACCCAGUUACCCAGGCUUUUUGCCCUGGGAGAAAAACAAGUAUUUCCAAGACCUUCUUGAUGAGGAAGAGUCAUUAAAGAAACAGUUGGCGUACUUUACUGACAGCAGACAUACGGGGAGGCAACUAAAAGAUACGUUUGCGGACUCCCUCCGAUACGUCAAUAAAAUUCUCAAUAGCAAGUUUGGAUUCACAUCCAGGAAAGUCCCCGCACACAUGCCACACAUGAUCGACAGGAUCGUUAUGCAAGAACUACAAGAUAUGUUCCCUGAAGAGUUUGACAAGACGUCAUUUCACAAGGUGCGUCACUCCGAGGACAUGCAGUUUGCCUUCUCCUAUUUCUAUUACCUCAUGAGUGCAGUUCAGCCCCUGAAUCUCUCUCAAGUCUUUGAUGAAGUUGAUACAGACCAAUCCGGUGUCUUGUCAGAUAGAGAAAUCCGAACACUGGCCACGAGAAUUCACGAUCUACCUUUAAGUUUGCAGGAUUUGACAGGUUUGGAACACAUGUUGAUAAACUGCUCAAAGCUGCUCCCUGCUAAUAUCACUCAACUAAGCAACAUCCCACCAACUCAGGAAGCGUACUAUGACCCCAAUCUGCCGCCGGUCACUAAGAGUCUUGUCACCAAUUGCAAACCAGUAACUGACAAGAUCCAUAAAGCAUAUAAAGACAAGAACAAAUACAGGUUUGAAAUCAUGGGAGAGGAAGAAAUCGCUUUCAAGAUGAUACGUACCAAUGUUUCUCAUGUGGUUGGCCAGUUGGAUGACAUCAGAAAAAACCCCAGGAAGUUUGUCUGUCUGAAUGACAACAUUGACCACAAUCAUAAAGAUGCCCAGACAGUGAAGGCUGUUCUCAGGGACUUCUAUGAAUCCAUGUUUCCCAUAGCUUCCCAGUUUGAGCUGCCAAGGGAAUAUCGGAACCGUUUUCUUCACAUGCAUGAGCUUCAGGAAUGGAGAGCAUAUCGAGACAAGCUGAAGUUUUGGACCCACUGCGUGCUAGCGACAUUGAUCAUAUUUACUGUAUUCUCAUUUUUUGCUGAACAGAUAAUUGCUCUGAAGAGGAAGAUAUUCCCCAGGAGGAGGACGCACAAGGAAGCUAGUCCAGACCAGAUCAGAGUGUAGAAGAUCUCCAUUGCAAAGUCACCUACCUCAGCAUCUGUGAACAUCCCCCUCCUCGCCACCACUGCGGUGUCCCUGUGAUGUGCCACGGGGGCAGCCUCGUGGGGA